AUGAGGAGACGGCGAGGCUCCUUUGACGACAAGGCCCCUGGCAAGCCGCGCAAGUUCCUUCUGGAUGUCGAGGAGACACAGAGGCUUCUCUUGGAGCAGGAAGACACCGAUCGAGACUAUCAGAUCACCAUCCACGAUUCGGGCCCAAAGACCUUCCCUGUCGGAACCGCCAACUCGGGCGGUUUCAAAAAGUACGAGAUUCGCGGCACGUACAUGCUGUCGAACCUGCUCCAGGAGCUGGCUAUCGCGGCCGACUACGGGCGCAAGUUCGUCAUUAUUGACGAAGACCGCCUGAGCGAGAACCCUGUCGAUCGCCUCACUCGCCUGAUCAAGUACCACUUCUGGGACGGCCUUACGCGAAGAAUCGAUGCCGACGGACUCGAAACAAUCUGCGCCGACCCAAAGAACCGCAGCAGGGACAGAAGAAACCGAAUCUUUGUGCCCUAUCACGACGAUCUUGCGCUGUAUUACUACACCAAGGUCUCCAAGGACAGGCCCCAUCUCCAGCUCGACGUUGUUCGUCUGCCUGAGAUCAUCACCCCCGAGUAUGUCAAGACCCUGAACAACCACCCGGGCAUCCUUUCCCUGGCCUUGCGCCAGACCUUCGAUCCUCGGACCAAGACCGCCACGAUCCGCGGGACCCCCUUUGUCGUGCCCGGCGGCCGCUUCAACGAGAUGUACGGAUGGGACAGCUACUUUGAGGCUCUUGGUCUCUUGGUCGACGGGCGCACGGAGCUGGCCCGUGGCAUGGUCGAGAACUUUUGCUACGAGAUCGAGCACUAUGGCAAGAUCCUGAACGCCAACCGCUCCUAUUAUCUGACGCGAUCACAGCCGCCGUUCCUGACCGACAUGAUUCUGACGGUUUACCAGUCGCUCAGAGUCAAGCCCGAGUGGGAUGCUCUUCGACUGAAGGAGUGGCUGGGCAACGGUGUGCGUGCCGCCAUCAAGGAGCUAUUCAGCGUUUGGAUGGCCCCGCCCCGCCUGGACGAGGAGACGGGGCUGGUGCGAUACUACCCAGAGGGCAUUGGCAUGCCGCCCGAGACCGAGAGCUCGCACUUUGACCACGUGCUCAAGCCCUUCAUGGAAAAGUACGGUGGGGAGGAUCUUGAUGCCUUCAAGAAGAUGUACAACUCGGGACAAGUCAAGGAUCCUGUUCUCGACGAGUACUUCAUCCACGACAGAGCCGUCCGAGAGAGUGGCCACGAUACCACGUAUCGCUUUGAGGGCAAGUGCGCCAGUCUUGCCACGGUGGACCUCAACAGCUUGAUUUACAAGUACGAAGUCGAUCUUGCCGAAAUUAUCGAGACCCACUUUGGCGGAAGCCGGGCCGUCCGUGGAUCAGAGUUUGUGGAAGUCACGGUGUCGGCGCAGCUCUUUGCACAGAUGGCCAAACGCACCCAGCACCAGAUCAACAAGUAUCUGUGGAACUCGAGCAAGAAGAUGUACUUUGACUGGGACUGCAAAGACCAGCAGCAGACCACCUACGAGAGCUGCACCACUUUCUGGGCGCUGUGGUCCGGCGUGGCGUCCCAGCACCAGGCCAAGGCGAUGGUCCCCGUGGCCCUCGAGAUCUUUGAGGCCGUCGGUGGGCUCGUGUCCGGUACGGAGGAGUCGCGUGGCAAAAUAGGGCUCACCCGACCCAAUCGUCAGUGGGACUUUCCCUUUGGUUGGGCUCCCCACCAAAUCAUGGCCUGGGUUGGUCUCCGAAAGUAUGGCUUCAUGCCCGAGGCCAGGAGAAUCGCCUACCGCUGGCUGUAUACGAUCACCAAGAGCUUUGUCGACUUUAACGGCGUCGUGCCGGAGAAGUUUGACGUUGUCACGAUGACCCACAAGGUCAAUGUCGAGUACGGCAACGUCGGAUCAGACUUCAAAUACGUUGUCCGCGAGGGCUUUGGAUGGAUGAACGCAAGCUACCAGAUCGGACAAACAUACCUUACCAAGAACAUGAAGCGGGCCCUGGGCGCCUUGAUCCCACCCGACGAGCUGUUCCUUCGAUCUGGAGCAGACGUGAAAUCCCAGUUGACUGCCUGGGAGCGGCGUAACUCGUUUGAGGGCCUGAGCCGGGUCAUCAGCGCCCAUUCGCAGAAGGACUCGUCCAACAGCAACUGCAGCAUCCAGUAG